AUGUCCGCGGCACCUUUCGCGAAUGCCUCGGCGGCGUCGCGCAUGUCAGAGGAGGCGGUCGACCUGAUUUGCUCGUUCGCGCGCGAUAUGUACUGGCCAGACUCGACCCGCACUCUUCGCGUCCUUAUGCUGACCUCGCGCCAAUUCGUCUCUUCAGCGAUUCGUGCGCUCCUUUACGACCCGACCCGACGACUGCGCCAUGGUUGGCACAGCUUUGUGGACCUCGCAUUCAAGCUCUCCGACCAACCGCACCUCGGUACCCACGUCAAGCGUCUCGACAACCUUGCAGGACUACUCGCAAGCGUGUCCGCGUGGUACGACCACUGGAUGCUACCCGAGCAAGAGUUCGUUGUGGCAAUCUUCUUGCGACACUGUCCUACGGUGCGAAGCAUUGGAAUCCCCGCAGAUCUGCCGUCGUCAAGGUGGGCCAAGGAGCUCAACCGCCUUCCGCGACUUCAGCAAGUCACGAUUUCGCAAUCGAUCUCUGACGAAGAAGAGCACUUCUUUGAGGUGGCUGAGGUUCUCCACCGCGUCGUCGGGCUAGCGAUCCCCAACCUUCGACUGGAAGACAUCUCCUGGGACGAUCAAGACCUGCUUCAACAUCGUCAGCUUACCCUGCACAUCGCAGAUCUUACCAUAUUCGACUGCCAUGUUGGUGGCAGUCGCUGGGAACUGCUUCCACUCUCAUGCCCACAACUUCGCCGUUUCGAGUUCAGACCAUGGGUUCCCCCGCAUGGUCUGCCUCUCGCUCUCCUACCGGCAACUCUCGAGACUCUCGUCAUCGGACCACCAGUCAAGAUCGGCCUCGCUACCGUCAUUGGCUCGCGCACAGACCGCGGGCGGUGGGCUUUGCCGCUGCAUGCUCUGCCUUUCCUUCCGUCGUUGCGAUACGCUGAGUUUUCGUAUUCGUGGAUCAAGCACGACGACCUUCGCGCACUCGCAUCAAACUGUCCUGUACUCGAGGUUCUCCGUCUUACUAACGCGACUUGGCAUCCUGACGAAUGGAGGAAUGGAUGGAUGUCGGAUGCGCGACUUUCAGCGUUUCUCCCCCGGUUCUCUUCCCUUCGGCAAGUCAACCUCGGCUACAUUCCCGACUCCACCGAGCUCUCGGACGACGCAUGGCGGGGGAUCCCGCGGACGCGACGCUACUGCCGCGAGAAGAACAUCCACCUCGACUACGCCUACACCUCGGAUUUGCCAGAAGUUGGGUCGACGGACCGCGCGCAGGACGACACGACUGCUUCGCCGAGUAGCGUGUGGACCGACGACUACGACUUCGGACCAGUCGACGACUUUGCUCGCCGCGAUCCGCCUAUCGAGUUCCCAUGGGAACUCUUCGAGGACUGCGGUCUCUCUGACUACGACUACGGCUCGUCGUCUUCCAUAAGCAGCUCAGACGAGGACGGCGACUGGAUCCCGCCAGACUGGGGCUACCGCACCGUCGGACCCGCCGACUUCGCCGCCGCUCAUCCGCCUUCUUCGCCGUCGUACCUCCCGCCGUCGCCUCGCGAGGAGCAGAUCGUCUUCGAAGAAGUGCAGACGGUGGGCUGGGAGGCGGAGGAGUCGUCGGAGCACAAGGGAGAGGAGGAGCUGCAGAUUGACUGGAGCGGGUCGAGUGACGGGGAGGAUGCGGACAGGGCUUGGCGCGAGUUCGAGGGCGCUUUCGACGACCUGGAUGCGCUGACGCAGCAGGCGCUAUCGAGCAACGAGGAACUUCUCCCGAGUCACCGCCUCGACCCGAAUGGACGGCUGCGAACGGCACAUUACGGCGCUAUGCAAAAAGCUGCGGAGGAUGCUAAAGGCUAUGGGUAA